CGCAUUAUCAUGGGACGAAAAGGAAAAUACAUUUAGUCCAUGAUUGCAAUAAAGGACCUAUUAACUUAAACAUUUAACAUUCAUUUCAGUUCAAACGAUGUUGAGAGCCUGACCAUACUGUACUCCCGAAAAUUAUUAGCUGGGAUCUGUUUCCUCACCGGACUGAAUUUACUGAAGGGAGCGUUUUUUUUUCUUCGUUGUCUUGGUUAUUUGUUGCCUUGGACGCGAUUACCGAAAAUCAAGACAGAAUGACACGUUAGCUUGCUAGCUAAGUAGAUUUAGAAUGGACGUUAAAGAGCGAAGUACAUGACAAAUUAUAUGCUGGGUGGUGGAGAGAACAUCGUUGAAAUGGUGGACUUAGAGGAGGAUACUUUUUCUGUUUCAAACUCAUCAGAUGUUGAUGCUGCCUUUGAUGCUGUCAUUGGGAGUAUUGAAGACCUCAUCAUGGAGGAUGACUUCCAGCACCUGCACCAGCGCUUCAUGGAGAAACACUACCUGGAGUUUGAUGACUCAGAGGAGAACAAACUCACCUACACACCCAUCUUCAACAAAUAUGUAAUUGCAGUGUUAAUGUUAAUCUGCCUCCCUUAUUUUAACUAACUGUCAUGUACGGUAGAGCGUCUUUAAAAAACGUAUCUAUGUGAAAGUAUAUCUCGAUCAUACAUAUUCUGUUUACUUCAACCUCCUCAGAUUUAGAUGCUUGAGAAACGCCUUGAGCAACAGCUGAUUGAGAGGAUUCUCUGUUUCAACAUGCGCACAUUUAACAAUUUACUAAAGUAAAUUUUCCCUCAGGAGUAACUUUACAUGCUGCCACUAGGUGGUACAUUGCCCCUUGUAAACCAAGUACACCUCACUGCAGAGCGCAACAUGUAUUGGUUCUCGUUUCACAAAUAUAUAUUUUUUGUUUAAGGUAGCACAAAGAUGAAGUGUCAGGGGACAUCUUCAACACGUUGCUUACUUUUACAGACUUCAUGGCCUUCAAGGAACUGUUAAUUGACUACAGAGUAGUGAGUAACAACCCAGAAUGUUUCUAACCUAGGAUCUGCACUAAUGAUUUGUUAGAGAGGAUUGUGUCUCCUGUAUGUGGUGUAUGUUGUUGUGUCUCAGAAACAUAGAGAUAGGUGGAGGACUCUAGUGUCCAAAAGACAGUUUAGUAUGGGCAGCGCCGUUGAGGACUUUCACCAUUUUGAAGUAGUCAACUGGGUGGGACUUCCUAUGGGUUAAGGAAGGAUCACAUGAUUCCAUCCACUUGUGAGGAAACAUUCCAUAAGUGCAGGUGGCAGUAAAUCGCCAACCUUGGCUUUAUACCUGUUCAAACAAAACACUCUAGGUGCCAGUGUGCACCCUUACAGUUUGUUUGCCAACUCAUAGAAGUAUUAGAAAAAUAAAAUGGACUACCUCAAAAUGGA